ACCAACCCUUGGGGCACCCUGAUCUUGGACUUCCAGCCUCUAGAACGAGGGAACUGAAAGGCUGCUGCCUGGCUGAGAAUUUCUGGAGGCUCAGGAAAAAGAUGAACUGGCCCCAUUCCUGCAUCUCCUUUUGCUGGAUUUACUUUGCUGUCUCUGGGCUGAGAGCUGUAGAAACAGCAGAUGGAAAAUAUGCUCAGAAGUUGUUUAAUGACCUUUUUGAAGAUUAUUCCAAUGCUCUUCGUCCAGUAGAAGAUACAGAUAAAGUUCUGAAUGUCACCCUGCAGAUUACACUUUCUCAGAUUAAGGACAUGGAUGAAAGAAACCAGAUUCUGACUGCCUAUUUAUGGAUCCGCCAAAUUUGGCAUGACGCAUAUCUCACGUGGGAUCGAGACCAGUAUGAUGGACUGGACUCCAUCAGGAUCCCCAGUGACCUGGUAUGGAGGCCGGAUAUUGUCCUAUAUAACAAGGCUGAUGAUGAAUCUUCCGAACCUGUGAACACCAAUGUGGUCCUGCGGUAUGAUGGGCUGAUCACCUGGGAUGCACCAGCCAUCACCAAAAGCUCCUGUGUAGUGGAUGUCACCUAUUUCCCUUUUGAUAACCAGCAGUGCAACUUAACCUUUGGCUCCUGGACCUAUAAUGGCAACCAGGUGGACAUAUUCAAUGCCCUAGACAGUGGUGAUCUCUCCGACUUCAUCGAAGAUGUGGAGUGGGAGGUCCAUGGCAUGCCUGCUGUGAAGAAUGUGAUCUCCUAUGGCUGCUGCUCUGAACCUUACCCAGAUGUGACAUUCACUCUCCUUCUGAAGAGGAGGUCCUCGUUCUAUAUCGUCAACCUCCUCAUCCCAUGUGUCCUCAUAUCUUUUCUGGCUCCCUUGAGUUUUUAUCUCCCAGCAGCCUCUGGAGAAAAGGUCUCCUUGGGAGUGACCAUCCUGUUGGCCAUGACUGUAUUUCAGCUCAUGGUGGCAGAGAUCAUGCCAGCCUCAGAAAAUGUCCCCCUGAUAGGCAAAUACUACAUAGCCACAAUGGCCUUGAUCACAGCCUCCACCGCCUUGACCAUUAUGGUGAUGAAUAUCCACUUCUGUGGGGCUGAGGCCCGGCCAGUGCCACACUGGGCCAGGGUAGUCAUCUUAAAAUACAUGUCCAGGGUUUUGUGUGUCUAUGAUGUGGGUGAGAGCUGCCUUAGCCCCCGCCAUGACAGGGAGCGAACUCUCCUCACAAAGGUUUAUGGCAAACUUCCAGAGCCAAAUCUGAAAACAGACAGAAACAAAGACCUUCCCAGAAAGAAGGAAAUAAAUAAACUGUUAAAGAAUGACUUGGGGUGCCAUGGUGAGAACCCACAGGAUGCUGACAGUUAUUGUGCACAGUACAAGGUGCUGACAAGGAAUAUUGAGUAUAUUGCCAAGUGCCUCAAAGACCACAAGGCCACUAAUUCCAAGGGAAGUGAGUGGAAGAAGGUUGCAAAAGUCAUAGACCGAUUCUUCAUGUGGGUUUUCUUCAUUAUGGUGUUCGUGAUGACUGUUUUGAUCAUCGCAAGAGCAGAUUAGUGGGCAUUUGUUGUGUGGAGAUAAAUCAAUAAAAUUCCCUGUGAUCUACUCUACUUUUCCAGGUAAGAUUUACACACAUACACA